AUGCGUGGGUUAACAAAGCUCUACUGUUUGGCAUGUGAGCAGGAGGGCUGUCUGUCAAACUCGUACCUCCUGCAGUUAUGCAGAACUCUCGAUGCAUCAGAGGAAUGCCCUGUAAACCUGGAUCUUAGUUACAACUACUUGGGAGAUGCGGGAUCAGCCGCACUCUUACGUACAGUGGAAAUAAUGCGCUGGGUACGUGAUAUCGACUUGAGAGAUUGCGGUGCCGGUCCUUUGGCGGUAAAGGCAUUGAUGAUUGCAGCAGAAGAACAUCCAAAUCUUCGAUGUGUUGAUCUGCGCGGUACAAAUAAUGAGAUUUUCGCUAUAUCAGGUAGACGAUUAUUGGAGUUAUUACGACGCUGUCCAAAGUUAGUAGUUCGUGUUAAUUAUGAUGAUUUCCCACUAACAUUAGCUCAAAAACUUCGGGCAUGCAAUCAGCACAAUAAAAAGAUGCAGCAAGAAGAAAAAGCUGCAAUUAGGGCGGAAAAAAUGGCUGCAAUGCCUGUUCUUAAAUCUUUAGAGAAUGAAAAUAUUAUCCAAGAUGUUUUCUACUUACCCACACAUGACCGUGAUGGAAACCCCCUUUAUACCGGUAGCAAUGAAGUCUUGCUGCAUUUAGUGGAAGAACUCAAUACAUAUAUGGAGGGAUACUUGGAAAGUUACCAAUACGUUGGCCGUGUUGCGGCUCAGUUGGCAGUUGAUUUGGGAACUUCUAUUCUUCCCUGCAUUCGGGCAACAAUGGUUGCAGUGCCCCCGUCGAUUGCAUCUCGAACAGGAAAAAAAUAUCCUGCGAAUGUGGUACGAUCUGUACGUGCUGUGGAUGCACUCCUGCGUGGUCUGCGUGCGAAUCCCGAUCUUGUUGAGGAACUAGUCGCUACACGUGGACCUCUGUUGCAAAGAUACAUCUCGCAACUCACAGAGGCCCGUGGAGAAUAUGAGAGUCUCGUCUGCAGUCGUCAUGGUGAUUAUCCAUCCGCGCGGGAGCGGGAACUGGCAGCGUUAAUGCGGAAAUUGUACGGCCGUGUGGCGCCAACUGUGGGGCGGCGCAGAGAAUGUGCGGAACUGCAGUCAGCCGUGCAGCGUGUGAGGGAAUUGCCCGCUCAUCUUCUUGCACAGAUACGGUACUUUGCCUUCAAUAACCCCACAAAAACAGUAGAUUGGGCCAUUGGUUACUUGCAGACGACAGAUCCAGACCAACAAGAAGAACAAGAAGAAGAAGAAGGAGAAGGAGAUAAACAAAAAGGGCCAUCACGGGAUAAUAGUGAUGAUAAUAGUGAUGAUGAGGAUAUACAUGGAAGUGAUGAGAAUAGAGAAGAGUUGCCAAAACCGACUGGAAUGCUUGCAGCUGCAAUGAAUGAUCUCCGUGAGGUGCUGGCAGACCCGUAUACCGCAGUUCGCUAUGCAGUGACGAGACCACUCUUUGAAGCACUACCAACAGAGGUGCGAUUCUUUCUAUGUGAUUUGGCGCUGCGUCGUGGGAGUUCUCUCUUUACCCCAAAGGUCUUCACGAUCUUUGAAAAAGAACCAGAAAGAAAAGAAGGAGAAAUGAUGAAUGAGGAACAACAAGAAGAAAAAAAAGUGAGAACAGAGUUGAAUGAUCCAUUUGAUAUUGUUCGUAUCUUUGAAAAGGUUCAAGGAAGAAAAGAACUAUCUGAUGUAAUUUGCGCUUUUGAGGAGUGGUAUCAGUUAUGUCAAGUGGAGUGUUAUGAUGUAACUCACGUGAGUCGGGAAGAAUUGAUAUCUGUCAUGUCGUCAAUGUAA